GGUGUUUCCUCUCUUUAAGGAGCAAAUGAUACAAUGACAGGGAUUUCAGAAGGCUACCAGUAUGAAAACAAAACGGUCAUCCUACAUGACCAGUUGGUGGCUACUAAUAAGGGAAUAUACAUUGGAGUUGGUGUCUUUGUUGGGGUGCUUCUCAUUCUGAUUUUACUUGUCUUUGUUUUGAAACGAUAUUUCUAUAACAGAAAGAAUGCACAAACUCUAAGUCUGACUUUCUUGGCGAGUAAUAAAAAUGAAGUUGUAAGGACUGCCACUGAAGAUGGCAACCGAGUAGAGGACAAUGUCUACACGAUUGAAGAUAAUGUCUACAUUGUUGAGGAGGAAAAUGCCUACAUUAUUGAAGAGGAGAAUACCUAUGUCAUGCCAACAUGCAAUGAGAAACAACAACCCUCCAAAGUUUGACCAUAAUAUCCUCAACUGACAGUUCUGGCCUUUUCCAUGUUCAUUUCCUUUUAAGCUCAUGGAUUAUUCCUAGGUGUUAUCUCUACCUGACAGGAGCAAUUGCAACAAUAAACGGUGACUCUGGAGAUGAAACAACCGACGUGGUACCAAACAAUGACACUUUUGUCAGACUACAAACUAUGCCAGAAAGAUGAGAGUUGAAUCUGGCACUAAUUCUCUUAAGUUAUACCAUUUUGUGUCAUGUGUAGACAUAGAGAACUUAGGGUUCUGGAGAGCCACACAAUCACUGCAACUUUCAAUCAACCAAUAAAACAAAUAAAAGGGUAGUUUUGUUUUUGUAAAUUCCAAUUGCCACAUUUCUCCUUAAGUUCUUAUGUAGGCAGCUGGUUUUAUUUCCUCCAUGAAUUCAAUUUCUUUAGCACAGGUAGAUCCAGUUCUCCUUCUUGGCUUUUGCAAAUGUGGCUUGAUGCCAACUUAUUUUCUGGGAACUCAGAGAGCUCAUUUCCAUAGUUACAGGAAACUAGAGUGCCUUUCAUAGCUUAUGCUACAAUGUGUGCAAAGUUCUAUUAAUAGGCAGUGGAUAUAGCUUGGGACUGAGAACAUGAAUUCAAGGUAGAGAAACUGCAACUGUCUUGGCCUCCUGCUACCACAAACUGACAUAAGACACAUAAGUCUGAGCCAUGGAAGGAAAAGUUACCUUGAAAAACUGCAGUGAAUGAGGCGUCCAAUAGGAUAGGUCUUUUAGAAAGAAAAGAGGCUGUUGCUGUUUGAGGGUAUUACUACUUUAGAAUGACAAUCUCUUUCUAUCUUUCCCUAGCAAAUUUGAUCUUAAAAUGUAAUGAUUAAUGGGAAAAGACCAGAGGUUUUUUUAUUUUUAUGUUUCUUUUGGGGGGUAACUGAUAUUAUGGACAGCCUGCUAUCCCUUCCUCAAAAGUUCAGUUAGACUUUUUGGUUCACUGGGGUAAAUUUGUACAGUAGGAAAAAUGGAUCCAGGGAACAACAAAUAUAUUAUUAUGGUUGUUGUGACCAAUGGUUUCAAAUGAGAACUAAUUUUUCUUUGUAGUAUUUAGGACAUUUGAAAGCUGAGAUCACCUGCUAAGGUACCUGUGUUGUUAAUAUAAUGUACAAUGACUUUCCAUUCUAAAUAGUAUCUUGCAAUGUUUGGUUGUCCUAAUUUUAAACUGGAAAUUUGUAGCAACUUUUGGAAGAGAUUUCAGUGGUGACGACAGCUCCAUUACUAAAGGGAACCAGCUUUAAGAUUCUAAGGAUGGCCAAGAUAUGACUGAUCCAAAAAUGGUGCUAAUAGAAGGAUUACAGGAUGAGGGAAUCAGACCCCAGCUAUGUCACUAAUUAGGUACAUAAUCAUAAUAAAGUUAGCCUUUACUUCAGUUUUCUCAGUUCUCAAAUGGGUAAAACUACCCUGACCGCCUCAGUGUCAUUGUGAUUGAUCAAUGGGGAUAACAGCUGUGAAUACCCUUGAAAAAGUAAGCACUCUGCAAAUGCAAGGUAUUAUCGUCCUUACCAUUAUUGUUUGGGACCAUAAGUUUAUGUGGAGGCUAUCAUGAGCAGUAUGAACAGAUCACAUGCCCAACUAAGUUAGAUAGUGAUGAUGAUGACGAUGACAGUGGUCUCAUAAAGCUAACUUGCUGCUGUAGCUUAUUUGUACUUAACAAUGCCUUUUUUAGAAAUUACUUUUGCUCCAUGGACCAAGAGGGGAAAAAAAAAUCUGUUGAACAACUUUUCUUUUCUUUGGCAAUGGGGUUAAAUGACUUGCCUAGGGUCAG